AGUUAUAGUAGGGGGAUCCAAACAAAGAGACGUGGCUACUGUCUGAUAAUGGCUGACAUACACGUACACAGUGACAUCGACAGUGCUGCCAGGGCUGGUGACUUGAGUGCUUUGAAAGACGCCAUCAAGAGGGGAGAUGAUGUCAACAGUGUGGAUGAGGAUGGGUGGACUCCACUUAUGAAGGCAGCCAGUGAAGGUCACACUGACAGUGUUAGAGAGCUGCUCUCCUCAGGAGCCGUGGUGGACCUGGCUGAUGAGGGUGGGUGGACUCCACUCAUGGUGGCAGCCAGUGGAGGUCACACAGACAGUGUUAGAGAGCUGAUUUCCUCAGGAGCCGUGGUGGACCUGGCUCGCAAGGAUGGGUGGACUCUACUCAUGGUGGCAGCCAGUAGAGGUCACACUGACAGUGUUAGAGAGCUGCUCUCCUCAGGAGCCGUGGUGGACCUGGCUGACAAGGAUGGGUGGACUCCACUCAUGGUAGCAGCCAAUGGAGGUCAUUCUGACUGUAUUAGAGAGCUGCUCUCCUCAGGAGGAGCCGUGGUGGACCUGGCUAACAAGUAUGGGUGGACUCCACUCAUGGUGGCAGCCAGUGAAGGGCACACUGACUGUAUUAGAGAGCUGCUCUCCUCAGGAGCCGUGGUGGACCUCGCUGACAAGGAUGGGUGGACUCCACUCAUGGAGGCAGCCAGUGAAGGUCACACUGACUGUGCUAAAGAGUUGCUCUCCUCAGGAGCAGUGGUUGACCUGGCUGACAAGGAUGGGGACACUCCACUCAUGUGGGCAGCCCUCAUCGGAAAGGAAGAUACAGUAAGACAGCUUCUCUCAUCAGGGGCUUCCCUUCUCUGCACUAAUAAAGAUGGAAAGACUGCUCUGAUGAUGGCCAAGGAGGAAUCACCUCGCUCUAACCCUUCAACAAUAAGGCUGUUGGAAGAAGCUGCUGAAUCACAUGACCAUGGUACAUUCAGAGAACAGGUGCCUUCUAAACUAGGACCAUCCGCUAAACGAGUCACUCUUCAAGAACUAGUAGAGCAAUACAAUCUGACUGACGAGCAACUCAACAGUGAAAUAGAGGUUCCUGAUACUCCCGAAUUGGCCUUAUGUUUUGAUGAUGUGGAACUUUAUUCGAGUGCAAUGGGGCUAGCUAUUGCUGAACAAGCCGAUGUGAACCAAUCACGUGGAACUCAAGCAGCCAUGAUGAAGUGCUUGCAAAUCUGGAAACAACAUAAUCCUUCACAAGCAACUUACAGAGCUCUACUGGAUAUCGCACUGAGAUUGGGGAAAGGAGACACAGCUCAUCAAAUCUGUCAGCAAUUGACCCAAUUCAAUAUUCAAAACCGAACCUACUUAAAAAAACUGGAUGAGCUGAUGGCCGACAAAAGUGGUACUAUAGAGAUACACUACCUCAAGACACACUUCAUUGGUCCCUCGGGUCUUGGAAAAACAACCACUCGACAGCGGCUUGUUGGAUCCAUCACUAACCUGUCUUUGCUGCCUGAAGAUCAAAGGAAACGUUGCAGUACAUUACUAGCCGAGUGUCAACAAGUAUUGGCCUUUGUGGACAAAUCUGGAACAAAGCUUGAAUUCAAAGCAUCUUCAAGUCUAGAGGAAGAAACACAGUUUAUCUUCUCUUACCUUAUGUCCUGUGAACCUAUUGAAGACAGCACUGUCAGCAAUACUAGUACACCUAAAGAACAGCCCAAAAAAGAAACCACUGACCCAAAGAAGCAAACUCAACUCAAGAUCGAUGAAGCUGCUACUGUACCCAAAGAAACGGUAUCACCAACACCGGUAUCACCAACACCAGAACCACCGGAAAAGGUUGUGAAAGUGACCACUGUAGAUGUUGGAAAGGUUGUCUCGAGACUCCGGAGUAUUGUGGGUUCAGGAGAGUACACUAAAGAGCUGCUGAACAAAGUCCUACUAAAUCUGGUCGAUAUAGGUGGGCAGCCUGGAUUCGUGGAGAUGUUUCCUUUUCUAAGCAAAGGCGCAGGGAUUUUCCUAGUAUUCUUUCGACUGGACAAAGACCUCGAUGACAUGUGUCAAGUCUCCUACGAACGAGGAAAGGACAAGAUCACACCGUACGAUUCAACGUACACAAGCAGAGAAACGCUCUCUCAAAUCCUGUCAGCUAUCAGCCACCAUACCAAGAUUGACUCAGACAUUGACAGAGAGCAGUGUAGUAAACUGGGCUCUGCUAACUUCACUGCCCUAAAGCCUGUUGCUACCCUCAUAGGUACUUUCAAGGAUGAACUGGCAAUGCAAAUCAAAGUCGAUCUUCUGUACAAGAAAUAUUGUGCCUCCACAAAAGCUGUCAGCAAAAUCGAUAGUACCACUGCCUGCAAGAGCGAUAGUACCACUGCUAGCAAGAGCGAUAGUACCACUGCCAGCAAGAGCGAUAGUACCACUGCCGACAAGAGCGAUAGUAGUACCACUGCCGACAAGAGCGAUAGUACCACUGCCAACAAGAGCGAUAGUACCACUUCCAGCAAGAGCGAUAGUACCACUGCCGACAAGAGCGAUAGUACCACUACCAGCAAGACCACUGCCAGCAAGAGUGAUAGUACCACUGCCGACAAGAGCGAUAGUACCACUGCCGACAAGAGCGAUAGUACCACUACCAGCAAGAGCGAUAAUACCACUGCCAGCAAGAGCCUAAAUGAACAUGAACAAAAAAAAGCAAUUCGGAACAUUUUGACUCAACAGAAGAGUGAUGAGCCUGCUAACGUCAGUGCAGAAGACAUGGCUGCCAUUGAGCAAACAGUCAGCCAACACCUCAACUCAGACACUUUCAAGAAAGAUGUCCAAGACUGCUUAGAGCAAAAGUUGACAGAGAAAAACGAAGCUGUGAGCAAGAUUACCAGCAAGUUUGAGAAAUUAUUUUCAAACCCAAAAGACAAGAAGUUCAUAGCAGUCGACAACUACGAAGGCACUGAUUCUGAUAUGGAACCUCUUCGUGAACAUCUUCAUGGCAUAUUUAGUAGCUAUUUCAAAGAUGCCAAGCUUCGAAUUCGCCCACAACAGCUUUUGUUGGGAGUUGUACUGAGAAAAGAGUAUGACAUUGUGUCAAUGGAAGAAUGCAUUUGUAUCGGUACCGAGGGGUUGAAGAUGAGUGAGGAGGAAGUUCGAUUCACCGUUUGGUACCUGGAUCGGUACGUUGGAGCUUUGAUCUAUCAUCCAGAGAUCAAGGACAAAGAUGGUUGGUUUGGAAACUUUGUCAUUUGCAACCCCCAAGUGGUAUUCAACAGCCUCAGUGUUCUCGUUGUCAAGCCGCUGCUGGAGCUCCAUUCUGAAGAGGGCAAUAUUCAGUUUAAUGAUAAUGAGAGAAAAAAUUGGAUACUCAAGGGUCAAUUCUUACUGAAAACAAUAACUCGAUGCCAUUCGGAGGAAAACCAAGGGGUGAAGAAAGACCAGUUGAUUCCUGUUGAGAACCUGCUCAUACUACUCGAGCAUUCUCACCUUUUGGCCAAAAUCACAACAGUGGAGGAAGACCAUACCACAGAAGAAGUUGAAACGACAUAUUUCAUCCCCGCUAUUCUCAAGUGUGCAUCUCGCGAGGAACUAACAAAACCACCCCCCACUGGCAUUGAUACACCCUCUCCAAUCAAGAUCACAUUCAAACCUAAAUACGUUCCCAUUGGAGUAUUCUGUGCCAUGAUCAGUGAAUUGGUCUCAAGGGGGAGUACUGGAAUUCUGGGCAUGACUUGGAAACUUGCCACUGAUACCUCAGUAAAGAGAAACCUCGUCUCCUUUCACAUUGACGAAUCUGCCAAGCAUUUUGUUACCCUAAUUGCUCGUAUCGAUUGCUACGAGAUACGGAUUAUUCGACAGGACAGGGACCAUACAAUGCACGAGCUUUGUUCCUACGUCCUCUCAACCCUCCUGUUGGUGAUGAAGGAUGUUAGUCCACUACUCACUCCAAUCAUUGCCUUCGACUGCUACUGUGGCAAACAUGAAGAUGGUUCCAAGCUUUGCCUCCUCACACCUGGAGCUGAUCCCUGCUUUAAAUGCACCAGCAAAGUCUCUCUGAGUCCUCACCAAGAAUGCUGGUUCGCAGAAGAAGUCAGCCUGGGGGAUGAUGUGUUCCUCCUUGCCCUGCCCUUUGCCUCUAAGCGAGAGUUAAGGGACAAGAGCCUCUCUUUCGAGUGGAGCAAGAGAAGACCCGGAAUUAGUGGGACUGAAAAUGAAUUGGAAGUCAAGGCCCCGUCAAAUAGUUACUUCAAGGGCUUUAUCAGUUGUGAGAUCUCCAAGAACCAGAAGCAUUUCUUUACCGUGUACCACUGCCUCAAAGAGAGUGUUGAGGACACCUCCAGCUCUGAAACUGAUCAGCUGUUUGCAGAUGUGAAGGAAGUGAUCAAAGAGAUACGCUCUGACUGGUACAGCCUGGCUAUAGAACUGGACAUUGACUAUGCAACUAGGAAGAGUCUUGAGAAGGACUAUCGAUGGGUUGAGCCGUGCUUUGAGGCCAUGCUGACACACUGGGUGAAGCGCUCCUCUCCUCCCCCCUCCUGGUUUGCCCUUGUUAGAGCACUAGAGUCUCCCGCCAUUGAUCGUGGGGACAUUGCAACAACCAUUAAGACAAAAGCUACCAGCGACAUCUCUCCUGAUAUUUGUCAUCUCACUCACGGUGGUCUGGCAGAGAGGAUAGACAUUGAACACCCUCUACUCAACAACGAGAUUGAGACAACAGAGUUCCCAAUUUUGGCUUGUCAUUUUGACAACGUGAAAAUGUACAGUCUAGCGUUGGGACUCACUCCUGCUCAGCAAGCUGAUGUGAGGCAGAUUAAAGUUUUAGAAGACACGCAAACGGCCAUGAUGGAGUGCUUGUCCCUAUGGCAGAGGAGUAACCCAGCUGCUGCAACUUAUAGAACUCUAGUGAAACUACUCCUAAGAUUAAGAAAAUAUGAGAUUGCAAGUAAAGUAUAUAAACAUUGCCUAGAUAAUAGUAAACUUACAUAGUACAUGUGUAGCGCAUUAUUUGUUUUGUGAUUAGCCUGUAUUUUUAUCAGGUUAGUAGAGUUUUAUACCGGUAGUGUGUUUUGUAUUGCCCGUAUUGGGUUCAUGUGACACGGCAGGUCUUGUCAAUUG